AUGGACGUACAAUCAAAGACCAUCCCCGCGGCAGGCCACCACCCAGAUGUCAAAUCCGACGCGCGACGCGUCUUCGAGGUCCUCCAGGCCGGGGGCGUAGCCCUCAUUCCCACCGAAGUCGGCUACGGCCUGAUGGCCUCAUCCACAGAGGCGAUCCAGAAAGCGUUCGCCGCGAAACGACGCCGACCGGGCCACGCGCAUGGCGUGAUCGGAACCCCCCGGCUGCAUCGCGAGCUGCAUAUCCUCUCCGACGAGAAAUUUGAGAUGAUCCGCGUGCUGCACGAAGAUAUGGACAUGUCGUUUGGCAUCGUGGCGCCGUUUCGGACCGAGCAUCCCAUCCUGCAGCAGUUGACGGAGGCGACGUUGGCGAAUACGACGAAAAAUGGCACCCUGGGCAUGUUUAUCAGUCGGAGUUCGUUGUUGGUGGAGCUGGGACGGUUGAAUGAUGAGGCCGGGCAGUUGAUGCUGGGGUCCAGUGCCAAUUUGACGGGCAGGGGGCAGAAAUUUAGGGUUGAGGAUGUGGACGAUGAGAUUAAGGAGGCGGCGGAUAUUAUUGUUGAUUAUGGGUUGCAGAAGUAUCAUGUCUAUGGGGGGAGGGCUUCGACGAUUAUCGACUUCGAGAACAUGACGGCUCUUAGGAUGGGUUCUUCGUAUGAGCUGAUGAGGGAGCGCCUAUGGAAGUAUUGGGGCGUGGAGUUGCCGGAGGAUCCUAUGUUUGAUGGCUCUGGGUCCAGAAAGGAAGAGCAGCCCAGGAAGGUCGAACAGAAACCAGUAGAGGAGAGGAAAAAGAAGGAAGUCGAUGAAGUCAUGUAG